AUGAAUUGCAAUCUGCCAGAGGUAUCGGUAUGCGUGGAGAACGUGGCUACGCCACCGACCGUUGGCCCUGGAACUCCGGCGCCACCUAUUGACAAUGUGCCAACGGUUCCAACCGCUGGACCCAUUGUACCUUCGCCAGAAGUUCCCACGGCUCCGACAGCCCUACCACCAGUGGAAGUUCCAACUGCUCCCUCACCUACCACUAUCGUCCCCACUCCUGUGCCAACUCCCGUACCAACUCCCGUACCAACUCCCGUGCCCACUCCUAUUCCCAAUCCAACGCCAGCGCCUUCGCCAGGCAAUCCACCAGACUGUCCUCCGAACGCGGUGUUCUACUAUCCCCAUCCCAACUGCUCCUUCUUCUACCGCUGUGUCUGGGGCGUGCUGCACACCCUCCAGUGUCCACCGAAUCAGUUCUGGAACCAAGAACGUGAGUACUGUGACCAUCCAUUUAACGUGAACUGCCCGGCUGGUGCAGGAUAA